GAAGAACUCGGAGAACUUGUAUUUGUAAACAAACUAGUCUUUCUUCUCCGUUGUUGUCUUCUCUUCGAAGCAGGCGUCAACGGCAACGGCUCCGUGUCGAAACUGUAUUUUUCCCGUGUGCGGGCCGCCUCCGCCUCGUACUUGCGCAGGUGGUGUUCGUACCUGUCGUUGAAGGUAGGCGGCAAGGGAUCGGCGAAGGGGUCUGUUGUGGUGCUGGUGUUUGAUCGGCGGCUGAAAAAGCUUCGGACACGGCGCACGGCGCGCAGGGGCAGAGACAGGGAGGCAAGCAGGCCGCGGUCGUCGGCUUCGCUGUCGUCGUCGUCUGCGUCGCCAGAUCGACGACGAACAACGAGCCAAGGGAACCGAGAACGGAGCCGGAAUCGAGGCAUUUUGAUGUAGGAAACCCAGAAUCGAUCAAAAGAUCGAGGAGACAGACGGCGCCAAAGAAGGACACAGCCAGCAAACAAAAGAAGAAGAGCCACGAUGAUCGUGGGAAUUGCGAUCAUGAACACAGGGACAGAGGCGUGUGAAUGGCCAUUUUUGACGCCAGAAGGGGUCGGUGUUGGAGAUGGAGAAGACAACACAGAAGAAGAAGAGGAGGAGGACGAGGGGGGCAGCGAGAUCGUGGUCACGGCCACGGUCGUCUUGGUCGCAACAUCAGGAGGCGCGGCAGAAGAGGAAGAAGAAGAAGAAGAAGAAGAAAAAGAAGAAGCACGCGGCACAGACACAGACACAGACGCAGGACCAGUCGGUGUGGUUGUUAUUGUUGUUGCUGUUUCUGUCCAGGCCGGGUCACCUUGGAAGGUGAAGCUGUCGCUGACGCCCGACUGUCCCUGCGUCACUGUUGCCGUGAUAUGAAUUGAUGGGAAAGUCGUCCAGGACGACGAAGAGGAAGAGGAAGACAUCGCGCUCUCAAAGGGCGCGGGAUGGUGAUGGUGGUGGUGUUGUUGGUGUUGUUGGUAGAGAAGAAAGAGAAGAAAGAGAAGAGGAGGAAGAGAGGCGCGAAGAGAAAGAAGAGUGAGGCAAACACUGAGGUGAAGAGGUGAACAAACGCGCUAGGGAGGAUUAACACAGCGCGUGAUGUGCUUCACUGUGUUCAGGGAGUAUAGUGUUAUGGCGGGAGUAAAAGAGACAAGUACUAUGGAGAGUGAUGAUAUCGGGGAGGCCACUGUUCAAGAUAAGGCAAGAAAACGGAUAGGGAUAUCUGGAUAUGGAGGGCGACAGAGGGACAAGCAUGAGGGAGGGUGAUGAUGCUGGGGGGGCCACUAUUCAAGAAGAGGGUAGAAGAUAGAUAUAGUAAUCUGGAUAUGGAGGGCUUCAGGUAAGUAAGACAGGAUAUAGUCAUAGAGUCUAGGAGCCCACUAUCCCCAACAUUGAUGUGGCAAGAUAGAAACAGGAAGGGAACCCAGGUCAACAGAAAGGGCAAGCAGAUGUUCAUAUAAGCCUCCUGGAACUCACUUCGCUCAAAG